CUCAGCAUCGAACACAUUGAAGGCAGUCUCAGUCUGAAGAGGAGCUCCCACCAAGCAUGCUGCUUAAGAGAGUAAUGCUUUGAAGUUGAAAAAAUUCCAGGAGUUUCCUGUAACAACGUUGGAGUAUAAUGUGAACCAGGAGCCGUGGAGUAUUCCUCCUUAUCCCCAGUCAAGCCAAUCUGCUUGGGAGAGAUAUCAUCACUUCAGCUGUGUGCUGCGUCUGCUUAAAGGCAGUUUCCCUGUGGAUUAUAAAGUGACCACCACCCCACCAAGGAUGUCUAGGUUGCUCUGUGCUCUGCUUGUCCUUAUGUCUCUGUGUAGUCACAGCCUAGGGGUUUCUGCCUCACAGCCAGGGAAGGGAAGACAUAAGACCAGACCUCAGUAUAAAGAACCUGCUGGUCUCCUGGCUCCGGAGGAUGAUCAUGGCGGAGAGGGAGACCAUGAGACCAGGACAGUCCUUGACCCAGAACAGGAAUUCCUGUCUGAUUUUGCAGGUAAGAAGCGUUUGUGGGUAAUCACGGCCCCGUCGCACAGUGACAACUACCUCCGCAUGAUGGAGAAACAGAUUCAGGACAUGGAGCAGGAGGGGCUGAACUGUCGCCUGGCUGAGAGGGACACCUUCAUUGUCACCAUCAUCCAGAAUGCCAUGAUGGAAGGCAGGAUCCAGAAGACCACCUUCCAAGGAGAGGCCACCAUGGAGAGCAUUGACUCAGACAUGGUCACCAAGCUGCUGCAUUACCUUGAGCUGGGGGAUCAAGGCUUCUCCAUGCUAGUCAUGAAGAAGAACCUUAGGGUGAGUGAGCGGUUCCCCUACCCUGUCCGUGUGGAGGCCAUCCUAGAGGUCAUUGAUCAGUUCCCCUUGCGCAAGCUGGAAAAACUCACCAGGAAGGGCUCCCCUCUGAAAUGUAAAAUCACCAAGAAGAGGCUGAUGAAGAAAAAGAUUCCUGUGAAAAAGAAGGUGUUCAGUCCCCAAAUGCAUGGAAACGUUACCUCUGUCACCCAGAGGAAUACUGUGGCCAAGAAGGCUGCACUGAAGAGCAAAAUUCAGGACAUUCUCAGCGGUCGCUCCAGGUUCAUCAUUCGAAAGACGACCACUGAUUCAAAAGGAACACAAGUAUUCAUCGCAGGGAAGGCAAACUCCAAAGCUGUGGGAAAGGACAACCAAAAGAAAAAUGGAAAUGUUUUUACAGAAAUAAACACAUAUCCUUCUACUGUAGAGAAAAGAGAAAGAAAGACUGUAGCCAACUCUAGAGAUAAUAAACCAGAGAACGUUGGCGGGGGAGAAGAAUCCUUGGAGAAAAACAACUCCCCCAAAAAAGGCAAGGGAAAGAAAGAUGGGAAGAAAGGGAGAGGGAGAGGGAGAGUGAAGAAAAACCACAGAGAAGUGAAUGACAACAAUAAGAAAGCACUGAUGAACUUUGUAGAGCAUUUGAAGGGGAAGAGAAGACUUAUGGUGAUAGCCACGCCCAGUGCCAGCACACCUCAGUAUGUCCAGCAGAGGGAGGAGAACGAGCUUCAUUUCUGUGACCUUGCCCUGAGAAAAGUUACUACGGCAACCAUCCUGAGCUCAGGGCCUGACACUACCCUCACCCUGCACCACUACCAACUUGAUUCUGAGACGCCAUUCACCUCACUACCAGAGAAGUUCACUGACCCAGAUCUCAUCUCUCAACUGAUGAAGCAGUAUGGGAUGUCCUCUAAGGUUUUCUCUAUGACUAUGACUGACUAUGACCUGAAACCCAAUGAAGUAUUUGAUGUACCUCCACCCUCAUCUGCAUUGAUGGAAUAUGUUGACACCUUUACAUCGCGACGAUCUGAAAUGGAGAGAGAGAGAAAAACUCCACUGGCCUGCUCCAAAUCCCAAGAACAGGGCGGGGCAUUGUUGAGGUUCAUGUCUAAAAGGAGACUGCUGAUCAUCUCUACUCCAUCUGAGGACGACUACUCCUUCCAACAGCAGCUCCAGGGGCUGAGAGGACAGGCCUGUCCCAUGGGCGUCCGUCAUUUUGCCUUGUUGAAGUUGAUCGGAACAGGACCAACCGCCUCAGGCACUGUGGAACUGUUUCCACUCAAUGGAAAGAGCCAAACGGAGAACGAGCCUUUGUCACGGGACGUGGUCACUGGUCUCCAGGACCAGCUGAAGAUCAACCGGGAGUACUUCAGUAUGCUGGUGGUGGGGAAGGACGGGGACGUGAAAGCCUGGUUCCCCUCGCCCAUGUGGUCUCUGGCCAACAUCUAUGACCUGGUGGACUCCAUGGAGCUGCGGCAGCAAGAAGAGAAGCUGCAGAGGACUUUAGGUAUUCACUGCCCUGAGGACACUGGCGGUAGUUACCAAGGUUAUGAUGAGGAAGCAGAUUACCACAGGUCAGAGGAGUAAAGGACAGUAAACAGCCCAAAGGUCUCAAAGACCCCAUGGCAGUCAGCUCAAAUGAAUGGUUGUGGGUGAAAGUUUGACACAAUAACAGAUUGAACCAUGAAAGGCUUUUUAUUUUAAAUGUUUUUGCAAACAUUUAUCAGAGGCGUGGCAUUUGUAGUUAGAAAUGGCCGACAUUACGUAAAUGGAUCUACAAUUGAAGAGUUCCAAAACGCUGUAUAUCCAUUUUCAGAAAUGUUGGUAAAUUAGCUUUUAUUGUUUAAUGUAAUAUCAAAUCAUGACACGGGGUUGUUCAAUAACAAACAAAUGUAUUUGUUUAAAAUCUAUCACUUGAUGCUUUCAGAGAGGCAAAUAAUCAUGUUUUUUAACAAAACGCUAUAUACCGGCCUCACUCUCAGAGAAAUAAGUUGUACUGGUUUUACACAGUGAAAUGUUACAAAUAACUACAUUUCUAAUAAAGAACAGUACAAAUUAUACAUUUAUUUGACAUUUUUAAAUGUAUAAUUCACUACAGUAAUAUGAGAUCUGUAUGUAAAACAUUUACAUUUGACAUUUUAGUCAUUUAGCAGAUGCUCUUAUCCAGAGCUACUUACAGUAAGUGCAUUCAUCUUAAGAUAACUAGGUGAGACAACCACAUAUCACAGUCAGAUAUACAGGAUACAAACUUUCCAUUCCAGCUAAACAAUGGACAUAUACUGUUUUACCCCUCCCCCCCCCCCCCAAAAAAAAAUAUAUAUAUAUAUUACACACAUUAUGGUACCCAUAAGCAAUCAUUGCUGAUUAAAAAACACAAAUGUAAAAAUUUUAUGGAUGUAACGUUUUGGAAAUAAACUCUUCAAAUACUUAAUAUGUUUCUUGAAAUUAAAAAAAGGUUUGUUUUUAUAA